AUGGCAGACUCAGACUCUUCCUCGCUGUCAUCAGCACCGUCCUCGGAAGAUGAGGCCAUCGCCCUGAAAAUGUCCAAACCCACAGGACUCGUUACGAGUUACUUCAAGCCGGCACCCAAGAAGAAGAGCGCCUCGCCAGAACCACCUCCACGCGCGCCUUCGCCGCCUCACGAGUAUGUCCUCGCCGACAACGACGCGAUCGCGUUCCUCGUCAUGUUCAGAAGCCGUUUCAGCGACGCGUUUCCCAAAUCUUUGCCGCACUACGGCCCGCAGGAUAUCGAGUCCGGCAUUGUUGGCGACACAGUCGAUGAGGGCGUUGAGCGAUACCUAUGUGCACUGCUCAGUCUCGUACUGAAUCGGAAGAAAGACGUUGAACGCGGUCGGUACAACCGGGCAUUGGAAGAAGCACUUGCGGAGAAUCGGUCACAAUGGCCUGCUGCAUGGCGCGGACAGAACCCGCUCAGCGGAGAGAGAACAUUCAACAGCAUGUCCCCAGAAGAGCGACUGGUUCUUCUCCGCGCCCUUGUCCUCUGGUCUCUCAACCAGUCCGAAGUCGUACAAGCCCUCCUCAAAGAAUCCUACAAGCAAACUCGACGCGACGACGACAAGAAUCAGCCUCGCAGCGUCCAGCCCUGGCAGGAGGACUCGCAUUUUCGAGUCUUCCGAGAGAAUGAUGGCAAGACCGCGCAGUACAACACAUGGUUCAGCGUUGCUGGGAACAUCUCCGAGAUCAAUGCCCUGGCAGACAAGUUCGCUGAGGAGGGCUCCUUGAAUGCAAGAAUGAAUGCAGAUAAGCUGCGUUCGGCCAUCCCUCGAUUCGAGCAGGGCGACGAGAAGAGAAGACGUCGUGAGUACCGACAGUUACAGAAGGCUCGAUUUACACGGCCAGAGCCAGGCUUCUCGCUCUACGAAGGUCGGACGCGUGGCAAGCGGGCCAAAUACACGUUCGACGAUGGUGAAGAUGUCUUCGAUUCGGACGCACUGUCUACACGUCGAUCGACACGAAAUGCCUCGCCCUCCGAAUCCGGCCCAACGAUCACCGCAAGCGGCCGCCAGGUCAAAGCACGUGUAGGUGGUGUCUACGGCGAAAGCCUUUCCACGGAGCAACGCCGCGAAUACGACUACAACUCUGGCCUCUCCCAAGCUGGUGAUGACGAUAGCGAGGACGAGAUGCCUGCCACAGCUCCAGGCGGUCGACCCGCGCGAUCUGCACGUGCAGCACCUCUCAAGUCUGCUGGACGAGACAGCUAUGAUGGCGCCGACGACGAUAUGCAUAGCGAGAGUGACGAGCAGCAGUCCGAAGGUGAGGAAUGGAGCGGAGACGAGAACGAGCCUGACGAUGAAGAGUCCGAAGGUGACGGCAGCGACGACGAUAUCAGUGAUGAUGAGCUUGCGGCCGACGAAGGAGACAUGCAGAGAAGUCUCGUGGUGCAAUUACGAUAUCGGCCGAAGAAGGUGCCUGUGGCUCCAAGCAGUCGAGCGAGGACACCUCUGUCGAAUGUCGAGAACGUCUCCGAUAUGACCGGUCCUGGCAGCAGCGGCUUAUCGGCCGAGCUCACACUCGACGGUCAUACUGCCAAUGGUGCUGUCAAUGAGGUCUCAAAGGAUGAACCCAAUGAUCACCCCAUGUCUGUCUCACCGAUCAAGCCUUCACCUCAGCGUACCGUGCCACAAUUUUCAUCUACGACUGCGACAACUUACAACACGGCACAACCGGCGCAAGUCCCACCAUCUGAGCCGCGUACCUAUCAGUCUCUACCACCAGCGAGCCAAUUGCCGAACGGUAUCACCCACUUCACGUCUACAGAGCCGUCCUCGACAGCAAGCGUCCCAUCAUCACCACCCUCGGAGCCACAUGGGCAUCCCACCGGGUUCACAUCAUCGAUUCCGCCUCCAACGACGAGUGUGCCAGAGAUGUCUACAGGCAUCAACGGAAUGGGGAAUGAAGCACAGCAGCCUUAUCAGGUAUAUCCAAGCGCAAUGGACGUUUCUUGA